CAGUGUGUGAGUCGCCACACUCGCAGUGAAAUUAGGCCUUAUCAUGAUCAAGACAUUACUGAACGGGCGUAUUGUACUCAGUGUCAUUGGACUCCCAACCCCUACCGCUACCCGCAUGCGUUGGGCCACUGAACCAAGAUGGUUUAUGAUCGUGGUAUAACUGUUCUUUAUGAACCAACCAAUACAGAAGUGGAUAUCGUCUUUGUGCACGGGUUUACCGGCCGUCCCAAGUCGACCUGGACGCUCGAUGCCGCAAAAGUCAAGAAACGGACCAAGACUAACCGAGGGAGACCUAGCGGUGCCGUUUUCUGGCCGCAAGAUCUGCUCCCAGCCACUGUGCCGACCGCUAGGAUCUUCACGUACGGAUACGACACCAAAAUUCGUCACUUCCUCCAGGGGCAGAUAAGUAGAAACACGGUUCAAGAUCAUGCGUGGGACUUGUUAUGCGGGUUGGAGGCCCAAAGAAGGUCAUUUCAGGAAGAAUCCCGUCCAUUGGUGUUUGUCGCCCACAGCUUGGGCGGUGUGGUUGUUAGGGACGCUCUUAAACAAGCCAGCCAUUGUCAAGCUACCCACCCUCACCACCACGCUCUCUUUCUCUCUACCAUUUCAGUCAUGUUCUUCGGCACCCCUCAUCGAGGUGCCGAUCCUCGGAGCGGCUUGCACCGCGUCAUCUCAGCUUCUGCCAUCGGGAUUGGGAUGAACGUUAACAGGCACAUCAUGGACACUCUGCUUCCAACCAUCGGGAGAGCAACCGACGUCGACGACUUCAAGAUGCUAGCAUGGGAAGCAAAGUGGACCGUCUACUCAUUCCAAGAAGAAACCGGCGUUGGCCUCCUUUUUGGUAAAAAGGUGGUCGAAGAUAGUUCGUCUUACCUCGGCCCGCCUGUAGCCGAGACCAUUCAGCACAUCAGUGAUAACCAUAUGGACAUGUGUCGUUUCCAUGGGCUGGAGGAUCCAGGCUAUCUCAAGGUUGCGGCAGCCUUUCAGCGGAUCUUCGCCACUGACGAUACUCGUGGGCUUCGCGUUCGCUCAACCCCUUCGCCACCUACUGGAUUCUCAGGGUCAUCAAGUAAAGGGCCUCACCCCACAAGAUGCGCCCAGGCAACCCCUUCUCCGUCUGAACAACCUUCAGGUGCUUCCACUCGGCAACAGUUGCAGAUCAACGUUGAAGAUGUAUUGUCUGAAUACACACACCUGACACCUGGCAAGAAGACGUUGCACGAUAAAAAUCUGUUAUCAGCUGGGCAAGAACAAAUCCUUCGGUCGGUAAACACAACGCUUCACGCGCCCGCCACAAUAUACGCAUCGUCCGAUACCUCUCCAUCAUCAUUGGAUACAGAGUGCCAGAUGGACAUUCACCCGGAGGGCGAACCUAAUAUUGACCUGGCAAUCAUGAAAGAAAUGAAAUACCUGGAAGCCAAGAAUAAGAAAAUUGACCUGGAAACCAAGAAAAAAUUGUUUGAUAUGCUCAAAUUCGAUGAGCUUGGAGCCAGAAUGCAUGACAUACAACCCGCUUUCAUGCAAACAUGCCAGUGGUUUCUGGACAACCCACAGUAUACCAAAUGGAAAAGGGGCAAUGAGGGGUUGUGUGACUCAGGUUUUCUUUGGAUUAAGGGAAAGCCGGGUACAGGAAAAUCGACGUUGAUGAAGUAUUUAUACUCCAUCCAUUCCCGUCAAUCGGACUGCACGGUUAUUUCCUUCUUCUUUAACGCCAGAGGCGCGGAGCUAGAGAGGUCGACCCUUGGUUGCUAUCGAACACUUCUAUUCCUCUUGCUUGACGGCCGCGAGGAGGUCUGGAAAGCAAUGGACCAUAUUGACAAUGUAGGCCGCUCCUAUAUUGCGGCCAACGGAUGGAAGAUCGGAUUUCUUACCGAGACAAUCACAAACGCCGUGGAACUCGUGGCAAAACAACAUCCCGUCGAAUGUUGAAUAGAUGCCCUAGAUGAGUGUCAGGAUUCAGAGGUUGAACAGAUGGUCUCUUUCUUCGAAGACCUGGAUCAGUCUAUGCUAUCCAAGGGACUGCCCUUCAGGGUCUGUUUCGCAUCACGGCACUAUCCGACAGUCGUUCCGAAGAAGGCCAUUGAGCUUGUGCUGGAAAAGGAAGAACAUCAUGCACUUGAUAUUUCCAAGUACAUCGC